UACUGCCCCUUCCCUGACUGACAGCUCCCUUACCGACCAGCAAGCCGCAGGCUUAAUUCGCCAGCCAAUCUAUCUGCCCACAGAAAGUUGGUGUAAAGUUCCAGGAAAGUUUCAGAGAAGUUCUACAUAGAGCAACUAGCUGGACAUGGGGAUUCUGUGGCUGGCAGUCAGACUUCAAGUCCUUUUGCUCAUAGUCACAGGGGCAGGUGUCAGUGCCUCUGAGAUGGAGAAGAGACUUCUCAACAAGUUGUUUGGCUCCUACAAUCCCAAUGUGCGGCCUGCGCAGACAGCAGAUGAGAAAGUGACAGUGAGAGUGGGGAUGACGCUCUCACAGCUGAUCAGCCUGAAUGAAAAGAAUGAGGAAAUGACCACAAAUGUCUUCAUGAAUCUGGCCUGGAUGGAUUAUCGAUUGAGGUGGGACCCGAAGAAUUAUGACGGCAUUGAUGUUCUUCGAAUUCCCUGCAGCAAAGUGUGGCUGCCUGACAUUGUGCUACUGAACAACAACGAUGGCAAUUUCCAUGUGGCACUCCUUGUUAAUGUGCUGGUACAGCACACUGGCAUUGUCAGGUGGCUCCCUCCUGCCAUCUACCGGAGCUCCUGUGCCAUCAGAGUGAAGUACUUCCCAUUUGAUUGGCAGAACUGCACCAUGGUUUUCAAAUCUUACACGUACGAUACAUCUGAGGUGAUCCUGGAGCACUCCCUGGACGAUUCGGGGAGGCACGAGAUCAGAGAGGUGAUCAUUGACAAGAAUGCCUUCACCGAGAACGGUGAGUGGCAAAUCUGGCACAAGCCCUCACGCAAGAACAGGCUGAGCCAUGACCCAAGCUAUGAAGACAUUACCUUUUAUCUCAUCAUCCAGCGCAAGCCCCUCUUCUACAUUGUCAACAUCAUCAUACCCUGCGUCCUCAUCAGUAUCCUGGCCAUCCUGGUCUUCUACCUUCCUCCUGACGCAGGUGAGAAGAUGACUCUGUCAAUCUCCGUGCUGCUGGCACUCACUGUCUUCUUGCUGCUUCUGGCUGACAAGGUCCCGGAGACCUCACUGGGAGUUCCCAUCAUCGUCAACUACCUGAUGUUCACCAUGAUCCUUGUCACCUUCUCAGUCAUCCUCAGUGUGGUUGUUUUAAACCUUCAUCAUCGCUCUCCAAAUACACAUGCCAUGCCCUACUGGGUCAAACAGAUUUUCAUCCAAAUGUUACCCAGGUACCUCCAGAUGCAGAGGCCUAAACUGGAGGCCUCAGAGAGUGAGAAACGUGUUGCUCUGAGCCGUGUAACAGAUGAAUACUUCAUCCGAAAACCUGCCAUGGACUUAAACAACAUGAGAGUGGAUUUGCCCCCAAGCCACCUGUUCCCUGAGAUAAACAGAUACAUAAAUGGCAUCGUCCAACAAGUGGUGUUGCCUCCGGAUCUAAAAGCAGCAGUGGAGGCCAUCAAGGACAUUGCCAAGGAGUUGCAGGGGCAAGAGGAAUACGACAAGCUGAAGGAGGACUGGCAGUACGUGGCCAUGGUUGUCGACAGGCUGUUCCUCUGGGUCUUCAUCACCUUCACCUCACUGGGGACGCUUGCCAUCUUCCUUGAUGCCAGCUACAAUGUUCCACCUGUCGAUCCCUUUGACCCUUUGACCUAAUGCCAACCCCUGUCAGCUCUCCUUCCCCAAUCAUACAAGUAAAAGCGUCUUCCCGUCCCAAUCCAUCCCAUUCCCGACGUCUAGUGUGAUUGCGAUGCACGAAUGAACAGUUUCAGUUGGACAAUAGACUGUCUUCUUUUUAUUUUAUUUUGUUCAGGAAAAGCACAGCCUUCCCUUUCACAUUCUAUUUUUGUGGGCCUGGUGUGUGAGUUGGAUCUCUCUCCUUUCCCAGCUGGAGCCUUCCCACCUCACAAUGCAAUCUAGAUACUGCAGACAAGUCAGGAAAAAUGAAACCCUUUGCAUCACUGUGCCAAAAAUCUCAGAUAUUGGAUCAUAUGCUAUUAACUUGAGCAGGAAGAAUGAGAAAACAAUAUUAUCGAAAGAGAACUGCAGAAUUCCAAGGCACAGAUGGAUUUGGGUGUUCUGGUGUGCGUAUCAAAACGUUAGUAUACAGGUGAAGAAGUCUAAUGGGGUGUAAUUCUUUAAUGUGAGAGAAAUUGAAUGAAAAGUAAGUUUUGGAGUCAUACUGGACCCAGAUGUUAACUCAGCAGGUCUGGAGAAAGAAACAGAGUUUCUCUGGAAUUCUCUGUUUGUUUCAUAUUUCCAGCAUCUGCUAUAUUCGCCUCGAUAAAAGUAAGAAUGUUCUGCUUCAGUUAUACAGGACGUUGGUGACACCACAUAUUGAAUACUUCAUGCAGUUUUGGUUUUCUUAUUGAAGGAAGGAUAGAAAUGCAUUGGAGGUGUUUCGGGGAGAUUUCCUAGAUUGAUUCCUGGAAUGAGUGAGUUGUCUUAUGAGAAUAGUUUGGAUAGGCUGGGCCUCCACUGGUUUUCACUGGUGUUUAAAAAAGUAAGGGGUGACUUGAUUUAAUUAUACAACGUCUUGAAUUGGUUUGACAAAGUGGAUGUUUCCUUGGAGAGUGAGUCAAGACUAUGGAGCAUUGUUUUAAAAUUAAGGGUCGCCCUUGCAAGACAGAGGAUGUAAGUGGUACACAGUUGCCACUGCACAUCAGUGAUGGAGGGAGUGACUGUUGAAGGUGAUGGAUGAGGUGCCAGUCAAGCAGACAGGUUUGUCCUCAAUGGUAUUGAGUUUUGUGAGUGUUGUUGGAGUUGUACUCAUCCAGACUGGGGAGUAUUCCAUCACACUCCUGACUUGUGCCUUGUAGACAGUAGAUAGGUUUUGGGGAGUUGUGAGUUUCUCGCUGCAGGAUUUCUAGCAUCUGACUUGUUCUUGUGCCCACUGUAUUGUUAUGGAGUUCAGUCUGUUUAUGAUCAGGAUAUUGACUGUUGAGGAUUCAGCAAUGGUAAUGCCAUUGAAUGACAAGACAAAAAGAUUAGAUUAGUUUUUGUUGGAGAUGGUCAUUGCCUGGCACUUAUGUGCUGUGCAUGUCACUUGCCUCUUAUCAGUCCAAGUCUGAAUCUUGUCCAAGUCCUGCUGCCUAUGUACAUGGACUACUUCAGUAGCUGAGGAGUUGCAAAUGGAACUCAACACUUAUGUAGCCAUCAGCAAAUCAUACCACUUUUGACCUUAUGAUGGAGGGAAAGUGACUGAUGAAACAUCUGAAGGUGCUUUGAUGAUCUUAGGGUGUUUGUGGCAUAGUGCUGGUGUACCUACCUCUGAGCUCAGAGGACUGGGUCAAGUCCCAGUCAUUCCACAUGCAUCAUAAUAUCUCAACAGGUUGAUUAGCAAGUAUCUACUCUAAUGAUCUUGUAGCUGAGAUAAUUAACCUCCAACAAUCAUAACCAUCUUCACUCGUGUUAGGUGUCAACUGUAUACAGCAGACAGCUUAUCGUCAUUCCUGCUGAAUUCAGUAACAAUGAACAAAUUCUCAAGCUGCUUAAUAUAGGGACAUGCCUGAGACAUGAUUGCACCUACCUUAGUCCAAGCCACCUCCAUACCAGCAUGGGCAAUGGAAGGUCUUGAUUCUACAGUGUGGUAAGACUUAAAGGUACCUACGAUCCAUAAUCACAGCAUUGUUGCAGCACGGAAAGCCCCUCGUGGUUGUACUAGCUCUCUGAAUGAGCAGUGCACUUAGAGCUAUUCUUCACCUUCUCUCAGCAGUCCUCCACAUUCUUCCUUUUCAGGUAAGCAGUUAAUUCCCUUUUGCAAUCCACAACUAAACCUGCUUCCACCACACUGCCGGGCAGCAUUCCAGAUCCCAACCAUUUGCUACACAGUAAAGUUCCUCCUUGUAUUGCUCCUCCGUUGCUUCUUUUGCCAAUUCCCAUAAACUUUUGCCAUCCUGUUCUCAAUCCUUCCACCUGUGGGAGUGAUUUCUCUGUCUGAUUUUGAAUACCCUAUUCAAAUCUCUUCUUGACCUUCUCUUCUCCAAGAACAAUCCUAAUUACCCCGAUUUGUUUAUUUAAGCGAUGAAUGAUGGAAAAAGUGUACUCACAUCUACCAGACACAAGCUAGGUGUUGACUCUAGAUGUCAAUUGUGACUCCAUCCUUUGAUCCAGACUCCAACAAUGAAGGGGGCACCAACCACCAUCCUGCACCACCCCAAACCAACAUCUGACCGAGGCAGAAAGGCUACAAUUGCAAUGAUGUUCCAAGACUUGGAAACAGAAUCCAUAAAGAAUUUUACCACUGGGAACGGACAAUAUGUCUCAAGUAUGUUGGAUUUAUUGAAGAUUCCAGGAAUGUUUUGGAUUCGUGUUCUGUGCAUUUUUGGUUUGAAUGCAACUCAUUCCCCCUCCCCCAUAGUGCCUUUUUUAAACAAUCACAAACUCUCUGUUAUCAAAGUCAUUUAAUCAAUGAUUAUUAAAUUAUGCCAUUUUCCCUUCAUGGGGAAUCUCAUGAUUUUUAUUUAACGGGCAAGUCCCUGGUGCCAGCUCAGCUAUUAAUGAGGUAAUGGUAGGUGCCUGAAGGUUCAGCCAUUAUUACAGAUAGAGCUUUUAGUUUGUUCAGGAAAUGAGAAAGAGCGAAUUUGGGAUGGGUUGGGGUGUGGGGUGGGAGAAGAGAUUGGAAAUGAGGAAGAGAUGUGGGAGAUCAAAGCUG